UUUUAUAAAAACAAAAUUUAUCUUUAAGAUUUAAAAAUGAAUGCUCUUAUUUUGGUUGGUGGAUAUGGAACAAGAUUGAGGCCACUAACUUUAUCAAGACCGAAACCUUUAAUUGAGUUUUGUAAUAAACCAAUGCUUUUGCACCAAGUUGAAGCAUUGGCAAAGGCUGGGGUUAAGCAUGUAAUCCUUGCUGUCAGCUAUCUAUCAGAUAUGCUUGAAGAAGAACUCAAAAAAGAGGAAGAAAAGCUUGGGAUUAAGAUAAGUAUGUCACAUGAACGGGAACCCUUGGGAACAGCUGGUCCGUUAGCGCUUGCUAGGCAUUGGCUUGAAGAAUCAACAGAACCCUUUUUUGUUUUAAAUAGUGACAUAACAUGUGAAUACCCUUUUGAAGAGAUGAUUAAUUUUCAUAAGAAGCAUGGCAAAGAAGGAACACUAGUUGUGACAAAAGUAGAUGAACCUUCAAAAUAUGGUGUUGUAGUGUUUGAUGCAUCAACUGGCAAGAUUGAAAACUUUGUUGAAAAGCCAGCUGAGUUUGUUUCAAACAAAAUUAAUGCUGGAAUGUAUAUUUUUAAUCCUAGCAUACUUAAAAGAAUUUUGCCAAAGCCAAUGUCAAUUGAAAAAGAAGUCUUCCCUUUUAUGGCUAAAGAUGGUGAAUUAUAUUGCUUUGAGUUAAAAGGUUACUGGAUGGAUAUUGGGCAACCUAAAGAUUUUAUAACUGGGACAUGUUUAUAUUUAAAUGCAUUGAAAAAGAAUAGCUCAGAUGAGUUAUACAAAGGUCCAGGAAAUGUUGGAAAUGUUUUAGUACACUCUACUGCAAAAAUUGAUGACGAUGUUCAGAUAGGUCCAAAUGUUGUUAUUGGUCCUGAUGUUAUUGUUGAAAAAGGAGCUUGUCUGUCAAAAUGUGUUAUAAUGAAAGGGACUUUGAUUAAAUCUCACUCAUGGAUAAAUAACUCAAUCGUUGGUUGGAAAUCCUCUGUAGGAAAAUGGGUUCGUAUGGAAGGUGUAUGUGUAUUAGGUGAAGAUGUUCAUAUUCAAGAUGAGAUUUAUUUAAAUGGGGCGAAAGUUCUCCCUCAUAAAUCAUUAGCCGCUAGCAUUCCUGAGCCAAAUAUUGUUAUGUAGAAAGAAUAAUUUUUAAGAUAUUUAUUUAGGCGUUGUUCAUAAUUUUUGUACAGAUUUUGAUAAUGAAGUUUUAUUAUGAAAA